AUGGAAAAUCAAGAAGAUAAUAUGGAGAGAAGAACAAUGCAAAACAACAAUGGCGUAACAAGAUCACUAUCACAUGUAUGGGAUGAUCUCGAUUAUGAAUGGAAAUCAUGGUUAAUCCCCAUUUUCAUGGGGAUUAAUGUCUUAAUCUUCUUAGUUAUGAUGUUUAUUAAUAAUUGUCCUUCUCAUAACAAUAUUACUAUUAAUGGAAGAAGUUGUGUUUGGAGUUUUCUUGGAAGGUUCUCUUUUCAUCCUCUUCAUUAUAAUCCUCUCCUUGGUCCUGGCCCUCAUACAUUAAUGAAGAUGGGAGCUAUAACUUGGUCAGCAGUUGUGCAACACCAUCAAGGAUGGAGGCUGUUUAUCUCCAUAUGGUUACAUACCGGACUCAUUCAUCUUCUAAUCAAUAUGCUAAGCCUCUUCUUCGUAGGCACUCACCUCGAGCAGAAAUUUGGAUUUCUGAAGAUUGGAACGAUCUACUUAUUAGCAGGAAUUGGUGGGAACAUGACUUCAUGCCUAUUUUACCCUAAGCAUAUAUGUGUUGGUCCAACUAGUGCUUUAUUAGGCCUUAUUGGAUCAAUGUUUGCUGAUCUUGUUACAAAUUUGACUAUUUACAACAAUAAGGUUCUUGCAGGGUUAACAAUCUUGUUAAUGUUCGUGAUCAAUUUAGUUAUAACCGUUGUUCCUCACCCACACAAUGCCGGGCCCAUUGGUGGGUUCAUCAUAGGCAUCCUUCUCGGGUUCAUAUUGUUGCCUCGCCCGGUUGUAGGGUGGCAUCACCUUUAUGAUCAUAGUACUAACUCCAAGUUUAAGCCACACCAAUAUGUGUUUGGGAUUACGUCUCUUGUCAUUCUUGUUAUAGGGUUUAUUUUGGGAUUAAUAAUGCUGUUUCGGACCUAA